AUGAGGCUGGGCGGCGGCGGCGGCGGCGGCGGCGGCCCGGGCCCGCUCCCGCUCCCCCUCCCCGGCUCCGUGUCCCUCCUCCUGGCCGCCGCUCUGGGCCUGUCGCUCGUGCUGCCGGCGGCCGCUUAUCUCACAACGAAGCCGGAGACGGUCACCGGCACCGGGACCGGCACCAACAGCAGCUCCGGCUCCAGCUCCGGCUCCAGCUCCCCGCCUCCCCGCCAGGGCGGCUACCCCGACAAGUCGGUGAUCCGCCGGGCGCUGUGGGUGCUGCUCGGCAUCACCGGCCUCGGUCUCCUUUACUUCAUCAUCAGGAGCAUCAGGUUAAAGAAGACUCAGAGAAAGAAGUACGGCCUGCUUUCUUCAUAUGAUGAUCAUGUGGAGAUGGCUCCAAUGGACACUGAUGACGAUGACACAACUUUAUUCGAAGUGAAAGGCAUGAGGAGAUAAUAAGCACUCGAAGGACAUACGGUGAAUGUGACUUCUUAUUUGUCAUGCAGUUUUCAGAAGCUUCAACCUUCCUGUCACUUGCUAAUUACUUACCAAUGACUAACUGAAUAUAUUUGUACAGUUUUGUGUGCAACUGGACACGUUACAAUUCCAGCACAACCAAACUCUUCAUUGUGCGGGAACUGAAGGAAACCUGCCAAAACUCUUCCAUUUUUGGGGAAAUUUUACUUUGGCAUUAUUGUGAUUUCAGUAUAAUUUUCUGGGAAUCAUUCAGAAGGAGGUUAUGAGUUAAAGGCCGCCUGGACUUGGUGUUUUUCAUAAAGCUCUGCUUCAGUGCAAGUAGGACUGGCAAACUUAAAAAAUAUAUAUAGUUUCUUUGCUGUAAUGCAAGUGUUUACCUUGACAUUGUUGCUAUUUAAAUUUAAUGGAAUUAUUGCCCUUAAUUAUUAUCCACUUUAGGUGGAUAAGCUUAUCUACGUACAACAUUGACAUGGUGAAUGCUAUAUAAAUGUGCCAUGGGCGGCAGACAAUGGGGGGUUGGAGGUUGGAGAGGAAGCGAACUCCUUGCCUCCUAUGACACCUAGGACCCUGUGCUUAGUGGGCCCUGAAUGCUGCCCUCAGAGGCAGAGUUGAAUUGGUCCCAUUGGUCCCCCUUACAAAGGCGCAGUGGGGACCUACAGGACACCAUAAACAAAACAGCACAUUCCCUGUGCCUGAUUUGUCAAGUUAAAAGCACCUUUUAUUUUAGAAAGUCUCUGCUAAUCGCUUACUUGAAUGUUAAUUUUUAAACAGAGUUGUCAUGUAGCAGCACUCAGUUAAACUAAAAAGGGAGCAAUUAACUACGUCUUUGGUUGUUGUUUAACAUUCCAACUGCUUCUGUGCACAGUGAAGUUUCCUUGGACUGGAAAAAAGAGUGGGCAAACACACCUCUCUCUCUGGUGCCUGUAGAAAGCAAAACUGGUGAAUUAUAUGGCAACUGCUGAGACCUAAAACAAAAAGUGUGCCUUGGUUACUGCCAAAUGUGGCAAGUCAAUAUGUUUAGGUGACUAGCUUCAGCCAGUAGCAAGAGACAUGUCAAUUUACCAUUGGCCUGCAUUUAAAUGCAAAUGCACACUUAAAAUCUACAGUUGCGAGGGACCCUGUUGCAUGUGUGCGUCAGCCAUGCUAUUGGAGCUUGACUGGAGGCCUAUUUCUCUGUUAAUUUAAAUAAGUUUAUUUCAGGCCAACAUGCCAUUCUCUCACAUUGUGCGAGCUUGUCAGGACUGUGAAACCUUUUAUAUGCCUUUAAGCAACAACAAGAAAGUUACAAUUCAAUGCCAUCCUUUUGUUUACUUGUUUAUUAAAAAGUAAUUUUUUUGUGAAAGAAAAUGUGUGUGGAGUUUUUCUAGAGAGACUACAAAGCCAUUCUUCAGAGUUAUGAUUAAUAUGUUUGCCUAGAGUGCCUCCAAGUCCCAGAUAGGAAAAGUGGCUUAUCUCUCUGAUCCUUGAGGAACUGCCUAUUUUGCUCCCCUAGGACUUUAUGGAACAUCACAGUAAUCAGCAGGAACUGCUACUGAGGGAAGAAAUCAGUGGGAUUUGUCGUGCGAAGUCCUGUGCCAAGGAAAGAGGUGUCUAAACCUACCGGGGGCAUCAUAGUGGGAGGACAGAAGGGAACCAGUGGCCGCUGGGAAGAAGGGGACCAUGACGGUACAGAAUAAUUCGAAGGGGAUAGAGGAGAGAGCAAGCGAGAAAGCACACAUCCCUCCCAGUGAAUUAGGUGACAAUGUUAUUCUUUCUCGUUUAAAGAUAAAGGAAAGCUCAUGACUUUGCCAAGUUAACCAGAUUUCAAAACUAAUAUCGGAGUUAUAAUAAAGCAUGCAUGGUGAAAGCAGUACCAAAGAGCAGAUUUUACUUUGCAUUUUACGCAAUAGCCAAAAUGAGUUUGUAUGUAAUCUAUCUUUGCUCAAGUUUAGGGUCCAGGUCUGAUUGUUUUGUGUUGCAGGAAGUUUGGUGUAAAACCUUUGGGGGGAAGAAAUGAGUUCGGACCAAAAAUGCUGCCUUUACCUCCCACUUAAAGUAUAGGUUGAGGAAAAGGAUACUACUUUCAGUCUUUUUCACAGAAAACUGUGCCUUGUGAAUGGGUAGCUGUAGCUGUUGCUUCAGGUCACGGUUUCUGAGAUCAAGAUGAUAAAUGCAACAUAAGGUCAUGUUGUGCAGAAAGAAGCCAUGAUGGGUGGGGGUUUAAUGGGGGGGAAGCAUUAUUUCUUUCAGAAUAUUGAGAGCAAAGCCUCAUAAUCACUGUUUGUCAAAAUGAAUUGAAGUUUUAAUUUUCUUUUUAUUUCUGCUCACCAAGGUGUGAGGUAUGUUAAUCCUGAGGAUGGAACUCUUCCCUUUUCAAGCAUCCGGUGUUGUCAUCAAGCACUUGUAGGUUCCGAAGGCCACAGCCAGAUGCACAGUAAAGCAUCUGCCCCCAAUCUAGAGGAAUGAAGACCCUUACCUCACCAGGCUGAUAGUGUUGUUCCCAUUUCCCAUACCAGCCAAUUCUCUGACCCCCCUCUCACCCAGAUCCCCUUUCAUUGCCAAAUGAAGGCCAUUUUGUGUGUGUGGAAGGCCUGUUACAUUCACUAGGAACUGGAUUGAGACAGCCCUAGUUCAUUUUGCCCAGGAUCCUUUGCAGCCAGCAGAUGGAAGAAACUUGCAGUCUCGCAUGCCUCUGAGCUGGGUUUAUACCUAGGGGUCCCAAAGGUACAAAAUAGUUUUAACAUGUCCAGUUCCCAGUUCUUUUUCCUGCCGUUUUAGUGAUAGCUUUGACCUUAUUGACGUAACUGAGUUUGAUCCUUUGCUAAAAUAGAGGAUAAAGGAAUUCCUAUAAAUGGAUUGGACAGCCAAGGUGAAUUAGUCCGCAUUGUGGCUGGGCCCACAUCUGUCCGAUUAGGAAGGCAGAUUUUUUAUUUUUUUUUUGUUUAGUUCUCUGCAGGUUGCCAUCACUCACAUAAUCCGUUCUGCAGCUCAUUGUCCUCAUUAAUGGAGCUGCAUGGCAGGUCAGUCAGCAUAUGGAGGAUAUGUUGGCCUCCCUGUGGUCUCUUCUCUGAUGCCAAUUGGCCUGCUGUGCAUUUCUAGCUUUUUCUGCUAUCUCUGGCUUCCAGCAUUCAGUUUUACUUGUGUUGUGUUGUUGAGCCAGUUACAGGUCAGUGACCUUGCUGAAUAACACAAGCAAACUGUGUAACCUCAAUGCCAGUUUUUCUUCCAACUUUUAUUUUGUAAAUGUCAGAUGUUUCUUUUGGAUGGGGAAAUAACUUUAAUUCGAGUCUUCUGAUUGUACCUUGUACCUUGUACCUGUAAUCUGACUGAAGAAUAUUAGUUUUAAGUCCGUUUUAAUUUUAAGACCAAGCGCUCAAUUUGGGGUGUCAAGCCUUUCCACAAUUCUUGGGGUAUGUCCAUGGGGUAGUGUAUUAGAUUUAGCAGUUAACUGAUCCUUGCUGGGACAGCAAUCAGACUCAUACAGCUCUGGGCCGAAGAAAUGGUGAGGAAAACUUAGCCAAUAUUCCCCCUCGAUAUUAAAUCCGGGAACUGUGCUGGAAUAACCGUAGCUGUCAUGCCUUCUGUAGUUGAAUAGGAUGCCUGUAUACACCAUCUAAAUCUUUUGUAAUAAGGAUGGUCACUUGGAGGGGAUGGAUUGGGGCAAAAGAGUAGAAUAGUUCUGCACGCGUGGAGUAACAUGGUAAGCGCGUUCCCUUUUUAGGCCACAGUAGAUGGCGAAUGGAGCAAUUCUCCCACCUUGGCCAAGACAUAUCAGCCAUAUCCUGGCGAAAGUUGGCACACUAAGGUAAGGAGCAGACUGGACAAAUACAUGCCAGGUUACCCUUCGAUUUAUGUGCUUGUUUACUAAAGAGCAGCGCUUGAUCUGAGGUGGUACAUUCUAACUUUGUUUUGAGAUUGGCUGAGUCGUGUAAAAUCAUCAAAUAAAACUGAGGCAAUAAGGAUGCAGCUAAGCAUUCGCACCGAGAGAAAGUGGGAACAUUAAUCUGUCUUAAAAAUUUAUGGAUUAUUUUAUGUCCUUGUACUAAUUGAGAGAAAAAUAAAAUAAAAUUCGAGUACUUGA